UGUAGUCGUACCAACUGACUGAUCUCCUCCAUCCUCCGGAGCUCCGACGUUCUCGGACACAUAAACCCUGUUCUUGUCCUAAUUCGCCAAGGGGCCAUAGAUAUGAGCGCGCUGGCGUCGAGCAGAGAAGUGCGGGGCCCUGGGCCCGGGGCUCCCGAGAACCGGCCCCUGCUGCCCCUGCUGCUGCUGCUGCUGCUGCUGCUCUUGCUACCGCUGCCCGCUGGCGCCUGGUACAAGCACGUGGCGAGUCCCCGUUAUCACACAGUGGGUCGUGCCUCGGGGCUGCUCAUGGGGCUGCGUCGCUCGCCCUACCUGUGGCGCCGUGCCCUGGGCGGGGCCGCUGGACCACUAGCCCGGCUCCCGGGACCGGUCGCCGGCAGCGCUCUCCUGCUUCCUUCCCCCGGGCAGGAGCUGUGGGAAGUACGAAGCGGGAGCUCACGGGCAGGGCUUCCCGUCCAUGCAACCCGGAGUCCGCGGGACCUGGAGGGAGCCCGCCAACCAGAGCAGUCGCUAAGCCUUCACUCCUGGAUCUCAGCGGAGCCCGCUGCUAGAGCCUUCGGAGAGACGCUUCGCGCCCAGCCAUGGUUCCUGCAGCAAAUCAUCUUUGCCAAUCCUGUUAGGCUCGACGACCGUCCCAAGAACCGAUGGCGCCCCCAUGCUUGACCUAGGCAGAAGCACAGCUUGUAGCUCCAGUCUGGUCUCGUGGUCUAGUCAAUAAAACAACCCUGAUUCCUGCGC